UAAGUAUCUUUAACUGUCUAUGGCUUAGCUACAUGUAUGCUAGCUAACUUCGAAGCAUUUUCUUAAGCGUCAAAUACUAAAAGCAAAUAAUAAUAAAGUAAUAAAUGUUGCCAGGGCGAGUCAUUUGAAUUUCCGAACAGGUUGGUGGUAACAAACUUAAGGAAGAAGUAAUGUCAGCAGAAGUCUAAAUAAGCUAGCUAAAUUCGGUGUUUGCCAUGGUGCUUAUUAAGAUGUAGUUAACGUUAGCUACCCCUUAUUUAUUCUUGUGCAAGAUACGCCGACGUCAUUUAUCCGUAAUUUGAAUGUGAACUAAGCAUACCUAAUUCUGAAUCCUCUCUAAAUUAGCAAACUCGAUUUGUGACUCAAAGACGGAUGCCCUGGACACGAAGAUGGAGAUGGCUGUUAAAGGAAAGGCCAAAAGGCGACACCUGAAUGCAGAGGAGUGUGAUGAACUGGGACAAAGUGCAGCGGGCACUGGUGCCCUCACCCAGCCCCACACUGUCAACCGGGGACGCCGCAAUUGUGACCCCGGCCGGAGGCUUUACCCCAGGACACCCACCAAGCGCCGGAAGUGUGCAUCUGCCUCAGGAAGUCCUGCCAAACAACAGGGCAUCAACAACUUUUUCCCUGUGACAGGAGUCCUUUGUUCUAGUCCGCACAAAUCCUCCCUGCCCUGCUCGUCCACCAGCACAAAUAGACUCAAUGGAGAGCUCUUUCCUGAAAAAGAGCCCGAGGUUGUGGAAGACGAGGGUGACGAUGUCAGCCUGUUAGCUGCCCCAUUUGCUGCGGAGGACGAAGACGAGGUUGACGAUUUGAGCCUCUUAGCUGCCGAGAUGAUGCCACAGCCUGAGACAAGGAAGGAAGAAGUGGUGGAUUAUCUGGAGGGAAUGACAGCAGAGAUGUUCGGGGAUGAGGAUGAAUUUGACCGAUGUGGCGCUGACAUUCACGAGGAGGAGGAGGAGGAGGAGGUGGAGGCCCUCCCUGACGCCCACUAUGGGCUGCUGGGCAGCAGCCGAGUUCUGCUGCGGCCGCAGGGCUGCAUGGACGACCUUCCAGAGGAGGUCCUGAGGCAGAUCCUGUGCCUGGUCCCGGCCCAGGACCUCUACCGCAGUGUCAGCCUCGUCUGCCAUCACUGGAGGAGCAUCGUCCAGGACCCCAAGUUUGUCCCCUUCAAGAAACAAUACUAUCGCUACACGAUGAGGGAGCAGAGAACAGUGCUGGAGAUCAACCUCAUCCUGAAGAGCAGCAGAAUAACAGCUCCAGCAUCAUCGGAGCACAGCAUACGGCACCUGGUUGUUUUAAUGGCCCAGCAUAAAGUCGGGGAGCGGGUGAGGCCGGAGGACGUUCUAGAGGCUGCUAAGAAACAUCGCCUUUUUCCCCAAGCUGAGGCCUCCAUCAGAUUACGCAUUCCUGAUAUUCAGAAGUUCCAUAACCUUGGCAUUGAGGGUCCCAACCCGUACGCGGCCAUGGCUGUCAUACUGAUCCUUAGUGAGAGUGUUGGAGACGUGCAGGCCUUGGUGUCUCUGCUCAGCAGCUGCAUGUCGCACACCGCCAUCACAGAGUACCUCAGCCACAUGGCCAUGAUGCUGCUCGCCUUAAAGAGGAGCCACAUCAAGAUCAGUAACAGGUUGCAUUACAACAUCUACUACGUCCUUCACCUAAUGGAGAACGGCCCCUUUUCUGUCGGCUCCAGUCAGAGCGGGCGGCCCCAGAUUCAGCUCACACGUGAACAACAACAGAUCCUCAGCCACAACAUCCAGGGAAACCAUGUGGUCAAGAUCGUGGCUUUUGCAGGUACAGGGAAGACCACCACGCUGGUGAAGUACGCUGAGCAGCGGCCACACCUCCGCUUCCUGUAUGUGGCCUUCAACAAGUCAGUGGCCAAUGAGGCGCAGCUACGCUUCCCCAGCAACGUGGCCUGCAAGACUGUCCACUCAUUGGCCUACGCCAAAGUUGGGAGGAGAUAUAAGUCUUGCCUGACCUUCAACUUGAAGCCAUUCGCCAUCAGCUCUGUCCUGCCUCAGGGCCGCGGUGGCUUUAGCAAGGCCAAAGUGGUGACCACAACUCUCAACACCUUUAUGGCGUCAACAGACGAGACUAUAAAUACCAGCCAUGUCCCCUGCACCCGCAGGGCCAAGAACCACCUCAGAGAGUUUAUAAGCGAGGAGGAAAAAAAGUUGUUUGUGGAAGACGCAACGAUGAUCUGGCACAAAAUGAAGGAUCUCAACGAGACAAAAAAAGAAGCGUACUACAUGACCCACGAUGGUUACCUUAAGUUAUGGCAGCUCCAAAUCCCAAAGCCCUGCUUGUCUGACCAAUUCGAUGUCCUUUUCAUCGACGAGGCCCAAGAUUGCACUCCAGCCAUCAUGGAUGUGCUUCUGUCUCAGCGCUGUGGGAAAAUCCUGGUUGGAGAUCCUCAUCAGCAGAUCUACACCUUCAAAGGAGCUGUCAAUGCCCUGAACAUUGUUGACCACACUCGCAUCUUCUACCUGACACAGAGCUUUCGGUUUGGUGCUGAGAUUGCCUACGUGGGCGCCACCAUCCUUGAAGUGUGCAAGGGAGUGGAGAAGAUUCUAGUAGGAGGAAAGCAAAAAGGAGGUGUGUGUGACGAGACUGCAGACAAGGUUGCAGCAGCUAUGAAGACGGGCGUCAGUCUUUGCCGGGGGAAGACGGCCAUCUUGUCACGAUGCAAUGUCAGUGUGUUCAGUGAAGCCGUCCGGCUGACUGAUUCCAACCCACACUGCCGGGUCCACUUCAUAGGAGGUGUCGCAGGUAUCAGCCUGAAUAGGAUCAUGGACGUCUGGCAUCUGAUGCAAGGGGGGAAAUUCAUCAAGGAUCCUUUGAUCCGCUCCUUCGCCAAGAGAAACCCAGAAGGGCCCUUCUUGGCCCUGAAGAAGUACGUUGAACAGACCGAAGACCUUGAGCUGGAUGCCAAAGUCAGUAUCGUUGAAAAAUAUGGGAAGCGCAUCCCCGAACUGGCCAAGCGCCUGGAAAGUUGCUUUGAAGGUGACUACAACAAAGCAGACUUCAUAGUCGGAACAGUCCACAAGGCGAAAGGUCUGGAGUUUGACACGGUGAUGGUCACUGAUGACUUUGCCAAGGUUCCCUCUUCAGAGCACAACCUGCACCACAAUCCCAACUUCUCGUUUGCUGAUAUUGCAGACGAUGAGUGGCACCUGCUGUAUGUGGCAGUGACUCGUGCCAAGACGUCUCUUAUCAUCACUAAGACCAUCCGUCGCAUCCUCACAGUGGCUGGGGAAUACUUGCUGAAGUCUGAGAUGCCCAGCACCUUGAUGAAGGUGGGCGAUCCUCUGCCGUGCUGUGUCACAGACUGUCCCAACUGCACCACGCCUGGCUCAGCAUUCAUCAUGUGCAAACAAAAGAUGAAAUGUUCUGAUGGUGUGUCUGAUGGCGGCCCAUUGUGCGAGCGGUGUGUGUGGACGCGCAUCGGCUCAAUGGCCUUCCUCAUGACCGACGACGUGCUCUCGAUGGCGGAAAUACCACGAAGACUUGGCCAGCAGGUCCACCACAUGAUGCUACUGGCACUUUUUUAACCCUGCUCGUCUUCCAGGACUGAAAUAAAAACUGCUUUUGUGCAUAGUUGGAUAAAGGACUUUUCAGGUCAACAUCCACGAAUAAUGUUAAGUGUUGAAACAGACUAUUUAAAUGUCUCUGUAACAGAUUUUUGCAGUUGCUGUUUUUUAUUUUUCUCUGUGAAAUUGAGAGAUCGAAAAAUAUUGAGUGUUCUAUCCAGUUGAGAGGCCCUUUUUAGAAAAGACGAUUACUGGCCUGUAGCUCCCAGUGGCCACUCGUAGGACUGAGGGUUAACUGGUGAGCAAAGUGUGAUUGUGUGACACUAAGUAUAUUAAAAAAAAA